GAUGCGAAAGCAAAUGAAUUAAAUUAAACAGUGUGAGUUAAAAUUUUUGAUAGAAAAAUAUUAUUGUGAAUUUUCGAGAAUAAAUUCGAGAAAGAACGUGCGUUUAAAAUGGAUGCAACAUUUGCAACAAAAAAAUAUUGAAAAAAAUUUAUAGAUUCAGAAAAAAAGUGCAAAUAAAAAAUUCCAUGUUUUUCAUUAUUGCAGUCAGGUGAUGGUGUUGAAAAAGUGUUGAAGUGGUUCCUAAAGAAAACUUGUAAUUAUUUUGGAGCAGGUGAGGAUCAGGAGGAGAGUACAAGGAAACGAAAGGGAAAAACUGAGUAUCAGCAGUAAAACCGGACGGGAAGCCUUCAACUACUUCAAGCACUAGCUCUCUAUUCCCAAAACAAAAUCAAGGAACUGACACUCAACUACUUAAACUCAACAGUUUCACAGACACGCUGAAAAGAAACCAAAAAUCAGCAUCAAAAGAAGAACGCCGGAGAGAGUAGCAACAAAUUUUAGUAAUAAUAAAGAAAGUAAAAACUCAACAAAAGAAACACAUCUUAUAAAUUUUCCGCUCUCUACCAAAACUUCUUCACAGACACCUCUCGGCUUUUUCUUACUCACCACACACUCAAAGUCAACCCCAUCAACAGAGAUCUCAUUGGAAACACUUGAAACACUCGCGUAAAAUGUUUCACUCCUCCGCAUCGGAGUCGAGACUGAAUAAUGUGAACAGAAAUACAAUAAUAUCAACAAUUACGCCUACGACAGCCGUGACAACAACGACCAUUACAUCAACCCCACGCACGCAUGGCAGUAAUGCAAGCGGCGAUCGGAACGCUUGUCAAACAAUCGAUAUACGCAAGUUGGCGGCCACAGCUGCCCAAUUAGAAGCGGCUAGUAAUGGGCAGCGUAGCACAGCAGCAGCAGCGACGUCUGGGGGAGCGACGAACACAGCAACAAAUUGCAACAAUAUUGGCAACAACAUCCACAGGAGUGGCAGCAACAGCAGUGGCGGCUAUGCAGCAGCAACACGAUCAAGGUUAAAGAUAGCAAAAGAAGUAGCAACAACAACAACAACUAGUAAUACCACAAUAACAACAAUAACUGGCAAAGCAACUGAAUCAGCAGCAAGAACACCAAAUACACUAACAACAAUAACAACCGCAGGAGGCGACUUGAAACUGGCCGCGGCAGCAGCGCCAUCGCUUUACAAAAUGCAUUCCAACGCGACGCCGGCGACGGAAAAUGGCGUAAGCGGCAGUGGCGGCAAUGCGGGUGGCGCAGUCGUACUCAAUAUUGGCAAUGCGGGCUGUCAGCCAGAAGCGCUGCAGCGUCAUGGCAGCGCGCACAGCAACAGCAGCGCCGGCGGCCGCUCAGCGCGUGGCGGCAGUGGGAGCGGGCGCAGUCGGAAUAAGCAGAGAAAACCAAGUUCCUCAAGUGCCAAGAGUGCUGCUGGCGGCGAUAGCACAACUAAGACUACAGCAAACUCAAAAAAUACUACUAAAACCACAACAACAAGCAACAAUCCUACUAGUAAUAAGUCAAGCGCGCCACCAUCGCAGCCGCCUACAGAUGCAAGCAGGCCGGAGCGGCCAGUGCAGCGAUCGAGUAGCAAGCGCAGCGUUAGCAAAUCUACUAACCAGCAGGCGCAGCAGCAGCAAAGUGGCGGCGCAGCAACUGCACCAACCCGUUCGCCACAACAAAGUCGUGACACGCGCCAUUCGCGAUCCUCCUCAUCACGUGAACGUUCACGAUCACGCUCGCGCUCACGUUCACAACAGCGCAGUGAUGAGGAGCGCGCUACACGUAGUGACGCGCGUAAUGCGGCAACAGUGAGUGAGGGAGCGCGGCAGCGACGACGUCAUGGCGGCAGUCGCAGUUCGUUGGCAAGCAUUGAGCGCGGGCGCGGCAACGAAGUGGUGACGAGGCGUGCCGCCGGUAGUGGCAGAGACAGAGGCAGAGGCGGCGGUGAUGACGACGACGAUGAGGAUGAUUCCUACACUUCUUCGUCCGGCUCAAGCUGCCAUGGCUCGUGCAGCUCAGACGAUGGCGAUACGAAUAGUUCGACGUCGAGCGGUGAACCCAAUUUGCCGUAUCCAGGAUUUCCUGAAAUCUCCUUCUGGAUCUUCACGCAGGACUCGAUGUUGCGAAACGUGUGUUUGCGGCUCAUAACCAAUCCAUGGUUCGAGCGCAUCUCCAUACUGGUCAUCCUCUUCAACUGUGUGACAUUGGGCAUGUAUCAGCCGUGCAAGGACGAGGAGUGCCUAGAAGUACGCUGCCGAGUAUUACAGAUCUUUGAUGACAUAAUUUUCGUUUUCUUCGCAAUCGAAAUGCUCAUCAAAACGAUGGCGAUGGGCUUGUAUGGAAAAAACACAUACAUGGCCGAUUCGUGGAAUCGACUUGACUUCUUUAUAGUUGUUGCUGGCUUAUUGGAAUAUGCUACGAAUGUGGAUAAUUUAAAUUUGACUGCGAUACGAACGAUAAGAGUGUUGCGACCAUUGCGAGCGAUCAAUCGCAUACCAAGUAUGCGCAUUUUGGUCAUGUUGCUGCUGGACACGCUGCCUAUGCUCGGCAAUGUGCUGCUGCUCUGCUUCUUUGUCUUCUUCAUAUUCGGCAUUAUUGGCGUACAACUGUGGCAGGGCAUACUGCGUCAGCGCUGUUGGAUUGGGGCCGAUUUGCCUGUGGAUGAUUUUCCUGUCUCCAACUACUACGAAUUCUCCAAGGAGCAGGACUACAUUUGCUCGAAGCCUGGUGACUCUGGCAUGCAUUUGUGCGCGGAUUUGCCGCCUUACCGCGUUGGCGAUAUGAUUUGUACGGAACCGGCAUCCGUAUAUAGCGAUAAUCUACCGACAAAUGCCUCCUGCGUCAAUUGGAAUCAAUAUUAUACGGAUUGUAGGGAGAGCGCUCAUAAUCCAUUUCAAGGGACAAUAUCGUUCGAUAAUAUUGGAAUGGCAUGGGUGGCGAUAUUUUUGGUUAUAUCACUCGAAGGCUGGACCGAUAUUAUGUACUACGUACAGGAUGCACACAGCUUUUGGGAUUGGAUAUAUUUCGUGCUAUUGAUUGUGAUCGGCUCCUUCUUCAUGAUCAAUCUCUGUCUCGUCGUCAUUGCCACACAAUUUUCGGAAACGAAAAAACGCGAAAUGGAACGUAUGCGACAGGAACGUGCACGCUAUACAUCCACCUCAACGCUGGCAUCUAGCACGAACAAUUCAGAGCCGGCUACGUGCUAUGCGGAAAUAGUCAAAUACAUCGCACAUCUGUGGCGGCGUUUCAAGCGACGCAUGAUAAAGAAGUACAGAUUAUAUAAAUAUCAGAAACAACAACGCAAUGAGGGUCUCCUCCCCAAUGCCGACAAUUUGACCUUUUCGCCGUCGCGCAUCAAAUGCCAUCACGCGAAGUGCCCCAAAUAUGGCAAUCGGAAGCCGUCGAGCAUACAGGAUCAAAUGAUCACCGUUAUGGUGCCGUUAAACUCGAAUAAUAACAAUGUGAGCAACAGCAGCAACAACAAUAAUAAUGGUGGUGGCGGCGGCGGUGUUGGUGUAAAUGGCAACGCGGCGCGUAAUCAUCAAGCGGCAGCGACUUCAGCAACACCAGCCACAAUUUUAACACCAACCCCACAAGCGACAACAGCAACAACAGCUACGGCAGCACUCACUUUAUCACUUAGCGCCACAUCGACACCGGCCACUACACCGCUCGUGAAUGGCGGUAAUAGCAGCACUGGCCUGCCUAAUAACAUCAAUAACAACAAUGUGAGUGUUGUCGGUCAGCAGCAGCAACAACAGCAACAUUCCUCUUCCGAGAAUUCUGUGCAAUCGCUGGAGCAAGCGACGCGCAACUCGAAUUUGAAGAAGUCGGCAAAUCACUUGGCACCCGAAGCGGCGAAGCAGCAGGCGCAAGGUCAGCAGGCGGGGCAACAGAAGACAAUUUUGCUGAAAUUUCCCUCGAAUGCCGAAUCGGAGCAAUUGAUUAGUAAUCCCUGUACCUCGGGCUUCCUCAGUCCACCCACAUCGGCUAGCCGCCGCCCAUCGGUGAUGUUCAACGAAUAUGUGUUACUGCAUACACCGCCCGCAAUUAGCGAAUCGUUAACUGUCGCAAAUACAACAACAACGACAAAUGUGGUGAAGAGCACAGUGUGCUCGUCGGAGAAGAUGACACAGGCCGGUGAUGGCAGCAUAUGGCAGGUCAAUCUCCCCCAAACGAUCAAUAGCGGCGGCAGCACCAUCGCCAAUCCCUACGCCGAUUGCUCCGAACUCGGUAUACACGACGCGAUGACAUGUCAAGAGCUUUUAGCAUUUUCUGUGGCCUUUUCAGCGGCCCUGCCCACCGGUCAAAGUACACUGGAGUCGUUUUACACCUCGUUAGCGCGCUGCGAUCCGCACACCGCCGAAGCUUUGAAAAAUCAACAUAACCGCCAGCAAACACAGCUUAUUAAACAGCAGCCGAAUGCAUUGGUUAUCAGCGAUCGCCAGUGUAAACGGCUGGAUAAUAAUAGCACCGCUUUGGCAAUCACCAGUAGCGCUGGCAACAACACCGCCAUCCCAGCGACGGGCAACUACAUCGAAGACUAUUCUUGUUGCUAUGAUUUAUAUCAGAAUGCACUUUCUCCGCUCGGCGAAAAGAAACAACGUUCGAAAGCAAUGAAAACGCUGAUAAGCAUCUAUCGCGCCAUAAAUCGCGUUUGCGGUGUGAUGCGACGCUACAUAAAGUUGCUGGUAGAGCAUAAAUACUUUCAACAGGGCAUACUAUUGGCCAUUCUCAUCAACACACUCUCCAUGGGUAUUGAAUACCACGAACAGCCGGAGGAUUUGACCGCCAUUGUGGAGAAGAGCAACAUUGCCUUUUCGGCGAUAUUCGCUGUGGAGAUGUUGUUGAAAGUGAUCGCCGAUGGGCCAUUCCGUUACAUAGCGAAUGGUUUCAAUGUGUUCGAUGGCGUCAUUGUGAUACUAAGCGUUGUCGAAAUUUUCCAACAAUUUCACAGUGGAAAUGGUAGCAGCGGUGGUAGCUCUGGACUUUCAGUACUACGCACAUUUCGCUUGCUGCGCAUACUCAAACUCGUGCGUUUCAUGCCCAAUUUGCGUAGGCAACUAUUCGUAAUGUUGCGGACCAUGGACAAUGUGGCUGUGUUCUUUUCGCUGCUUGUGCUCUUCAUAUUCAUAUUCAGCAUAUUGGGCAUGUAUCUAUUUGGCGGUAAGUUUUGUAAAUUUGUGGAGGAUACCGGAAUCGAACGUGAAUGUAGGUGUCCCGAAAUAAUCAGCAAACAUCCACAAUGUGAAUGUGAUCGCAAACACUUCAACAACAUUUUAUGGGCCACUGUUACAGUCUUUCAAAUUUUAACCCAGGAGGAUUGGAAUGUCGUUCUAUUCAAUGGCAUGGAAAAGACAAGUCAUUGGGCCGCAUUAUAUUUUGUGGCACUGAUGACAUUCGGCAAUUAUGUGCUAUUUAACUUGUUGGUUGCCAUUUUAGUUGAGGGAUUCAGUUCAGAGCGAAAUGAACGUCGCGAACGUGAGCAACGCGAACUGGUGAAAAAGCUACGCGAAGAGACAUUGGCUGAGAAUUUCAGUGAUGCUAUGUACGAUGAAUCGCGCAGCAGUGAGGCGGAUUCAUCAUCGACUAAUGAAAGUUACUAUGAGGUACGAAAUCGUUGGCAUAGCGCCGAGGAUGUGCGGAAACUACAAGACCCAACUGAACUUAUUAUGGAUACGAAAAGUAAUAUGCAAAAGCAACAACAUCAACGUAUGUUAUUGCAGCCCACACAAGACUAUCAGAUCAAUGAGAGUUAUUUGGGUGGUGUUGGUGUUGGUGGUGGAAGCAGUGGUUCGGGUAGCGGCAGUGGGCGUAAACCUAGCGACAGAGAUGUUGGCAGCAAGCAAUCGAUGGAAGAUGAUAAGAAUAAGAAUUUAAAAAAGACAUAUUCUAUAAGAGAGCGACGCGGUGAUGCGCCACGCCUAUCACGUGUACGCCCAUUGCGUGAACCGCCCAUAAUUACUACGACCGCCGCAACGCCACAAGACUCGCCCAACACCACACUCGAGGGUGGAAUGAGCUUUCGCAGUUGGAAUGCACAAGAUUUGGAAACGUCGGACGGUGGGGGCGGCAGUCAGUGCCCUGGUUCGCCGUCACUACUCAGACCACCGACCAUCUUCACCGGCCAGCGUUCACUCGACGAGGGCAUUCCGUCGAUUGAUCUCAUACCACCAUCACCGGUACUUACGCACAAACCAUUGAACAUACUGAAUGCCAGCCAACUACAAGGAAGCAAUACUAACCUAAGCAGUUGUAAUUUAGUACCUAACAGUAGUAGUUUACUCCCUAGUGCCCUAAGUAGCAAUAGUAGUGUGCAUAGUGUUGUCAUAGAUGAUAUCUCGAAGAAUGCCGAUGCCAGCGCCUCUGGACCGAUCUUUGUGCCAACAACGAUCUCGGCAGUAUCCGCGCCCAGCACGCCACUACCAACUGGCACAGGCAAUGCUGGUCUUAGUGGUGUUGGUGUUAGUGGUUGUGGCGGAGGGAGCGCAGUGAGCAGCAUCGAGUUAUCGCCCUUAACCGCCGCCGCCAUUGCCGUUACCACUGGUGCUAUGUCGCACACGCCCACAGCGACCACCGCAUCGGAAGCAGCAGCAACGUCAGCAGUCCCACCUUCAUCCUCGUCACCAGCCAGCAGCAAUGAAGCGCCGCCCACACUGCCGUCAACAACCGCCCCAGCGACAUCAACAAUCAGCCCUUCGCUGCCCGGCAUGCAGCGCAUACCCAGCCUGAAACGUUUUCGACGCAACAGCUCGAAGCGUUCGAAAAAGAAGCCCGCCGAUGCCGGUAGUGGCGCCGAAGAUGACGAACAGCAGCAGCUAAACAAUGGCAGUGACAAUUCUUGUCUGCUCGCGCCGCACAGUAAUGGCGGCUCUGUGCGCUCCGAUUCCUUUUUGAGUCCGGCGCGCACGCCCACAUCUGGCGUUGCGACGCCACUAACAGCCAACAAUCAGACUAAUAAUCAACAAAAGACGAAAGACACAAAUCGAUUGAGUCCGCAAAAUUCUUUACGUCGUCUUUCCACCACACUCAGUAUUGGCAGCAUACCGCCGUUGGGUAGCCGUCGUGCCUCAGCUUGCAUCUUCAACUCGCAGCUCUAUCAAAAUCUCAAUCAGCCGCCCAAACUAUAUGCGCCCUCAGCUACUCAACGGCGCAUGUCUUCAUUCGAAUUGGCCUUUAGCAAAAGUUCACAGCUAAAUUUGCACAAUUUGGAGGCGAAUCGCAAAUCAAUGUCGUACACGAAUUCCAAACUCGAUUUGGACAAGUGGCAACGAUCAUACACGAAUUUAGAAGAGCCCGAUAUGUUGCAACAAUAUAUACAGGAGCGUGAGAAGCGAAAAAGUUCCAUAAGUCAAUAUGCGCGACAGCAGAAUUUGCAACAAAAGCAGCAAAAACAAUAUGAGCUAGAAACACAGCAAGAAACGCGUACCGAACAGCAGUCGAUGAUGCAGAGUUCUGGUUAUAAGACGAAGUUAAAAAUGCUCAUUCGGCGACUGAAGCCGACGAACGUGACAGAGCAGAGGGAAACAUACUCGCUGUACAUAUUCGCGGAGGAUAAUAGGUUCCGUGAACUAUGUGUGUGGUUUGUUAAUCAGAAAUGGUUCGACAAUGUUGUCCUGCUGUUUAUCGCACUCAAUUGUAUUACCUUGGCUAUGGAACGACCAAAUAUACCGCCAACGAGUACGGAGCGUUAUUUUCUUGCCACAGCCAAUAACGUGUUCACAGCCGUUUUUACAGUGGAAAUGCUCAUUAAGGUGGUGUCGACUGGCAUGUUUUAUGGCCCUGAUGCCUACUUUACAUCCGGCUGGAAUAUAAUGGAUGGCUCAUUGGUUAUAAUAUCAAUCAUUGAUUUAUUAAUGUCAUUGUUUAGCCAAUCGAGUCCAAAGAUAUUUGGGAUUUUAAGGGUGUUUCGACUACUUCGUUCCCUACGGCCGUUGCGUGUGAUCAACCGCGCCCCGGGUCUGAAAUUAGUCGUGCAAACGCUCUUAUCGUCCCUACGUCCAAUCGGCAACAUCGUGCUGAUCUGCUGCACCUUCUUCAUCAUAUUCGGCAUCUUAGGCGUGCAACUUUUCAAGGGCACCUUCUUCUAUUGCGAAGGAGAGAAUCUCAAGGAGGUGAAAACAAAGUUGCAGUGUCUCGAACGCGGCUAUGAAUGGAAGAAUCGCAAAUAUAAUUUCGAUGAUCUUGGCAAGGCGUUGAUGUCGUUGUUCGUAUUGAGUUCUCGCGACGGCUGGGUGAACAUCAUGUAUACGGGGUUAGAUGCAGUGGGCGUGGAUCAACAACCGGUUGUCAAUUACAAUGAGUGGCGUUUGCUGUAUUUCAUCGCCUUCAUAUUGCUGGUUGGUUUCUUUGUGCUCAACAUGUUUGUCGGUGUGGUCGUUGAAAAUUUCCAUCGUUGCCGCGAGGAGCAGGAGAAGGAGGAGAAGAUUCGUCGUGCCGCCAAACGUGCGCUGCAAAUGGAAAAGAAACGUAGGCGCAUGCACGAGCCACCCUACUACAUAAACUACUCGCCAUCGCGUAUGUUCGUGCACAAUGUGGUCACAUCGAAGUAUUUUGAUUUGGCUAUUGCCGCUGUGAUCGGACUGAAUGUUGUCACCAUGGCUAUGGAAUAUUAUGGCAUGGAUGAGGCGUUGGUAUAUACGCUCAAGGUAUUUAACUACUUCUUCACGGCUGUGUUUAUAUUGGAAGCUAGCAUGAAAGUAUUGGCGCUUGGCUGGCAACUUUACCUGAAAGACAGUUGGAAUCAACUUGACGUGGGCAUUGUGCUACUAUCGGUCAUCGGCAUUGUGCUGGAGGAUUGGGGAACGAGACGAUUUCUAAUCAAUCCGACUAUAAUGCGUGUGAUGCGUGUGCUGCGUAUUGCGCGAGUUCUAAAACUGCUCAAAAUGGCCAAAGGGAUACGUGCGCUGCUCGACACCGUGAUGCAGGCUUUGCCGCAGGUCGGCAAUUUGGGCCUGCUCUUCUUUUUGCUCUUCUUUAUAUUCGCCGCCCUGGGCGUGGAGCUGUUCGGUAGGCUGGAAUGUUCCGAAAGAAAUCCAUGCCAGGGCUUAGGCGAACAUGCACAUUUCGCCAAUUUCGGCAUGGCUUUCCUCACAUUGUUUCGCGUAGCGACUGGCGACAACUGGAACGGCAUCAUGAAGGAUACGCUGCGAGAUGAGUGUGACGAUGCGGAUGAUUGUGUGCGCGAUUGUUGCGUUAGCAAAAUCAUCGCUCCAAUAUUCUUUGUGAUAUUCGUUCUGAUGGCGCAGUUCGUACUGGUGAAUGUCGUCGUGGCUGUACUGAUGAAACACCUCGAGGAGAGUCACAAACAGAUGGAAGACGAAAUGGACAUGGAAGUAGAGCUAGAGCGCGAACUUGUACGCGAGCAGGAGUUUGAGAGCGAGCAAAAGCUGUGUCAGCAGUUGGAACAGCAGUCGCAACCGCCGCCACCAGCGCGCCAGCUGAACAAAAUCAAAUCAUUGCCGAAGAACUUCACCUACAGCACGCCGUCGCUGGACAAAAAAUUCCCAAGCGUGUUAAGUGGCAUCGGUGGCCUGAGUGCCGCUGGCAUUGGUGGCCGCCGCCAGACCGUGCAAUACUUUAAUCAACCGAAUGGCAUUGGUAUGGCCGAACUGGGACAUGGCACACAGGCUGGCGCCGGUGCAGGUGCUGCUGUUGGCAGCAAUGGUGGGUCUGGUGGUGGCGGUGGUGUUGGCGCAAGCGGUGCGCUAUUCGCAUCACAAGCGCUCAACGCGCGACUGAGUGCAUCAGCUGCGGAGAAUAGCUUUGAUACAAAACUCCAACUCCAAUCGACUGCGGGUCCGCUGGGACGGCGCGGCCGUCGCAGCUCGACCGCAUUCCGUAAUAAACGCGGCCUACUCGCCAAAGAACGCUCACUCGAUGAGCAGGCCAUACGCCGACGCACGCUCGAAUCGAAACGAAUGAGCUGCGACUCGCUACCCUGGGGUGGUGAUAGCAACGAUUUUCGGCGUGGCACUAUUUUCGAAAGUUUAGAGUCGGAUGGCGCCGGUAGUCCCUCGUCCACAUAUGAUAUACGCAGCAUACGCAGCGAAGACGUCGCAGCAACAGCAAAUGCAACAGCGCGCAGUAGUGGCGCUUCCGAUGCGCUCAGUAUUGUGAGCGCGAGCGUGAUCAGUGAAAAGAUCACAGCGCCGAUUAGUGCACCACUAGCAACAACCGCAGCAACGGCUGCACUACCAAUCGGCAAUGCCUUAACAGCCGGAUCGGCACCACGUCGCACUUACGGACGCUCAUUCUCAACCGACCAAGCCUCUAGCAGCAGUGGUGCAUUAGGUAGUGGACGCGGUAACAGUGGUGGAUUACUAUCCGUACCGCGUGGCAUGCCGCCACGCAGUCGAAGUGGCAGCACCAAGCAGCUCUUCAAACAGCAAGCGCUAGACGAAGAUCCAGAUAUGGACGAGAAUACGCUGCUCUUGCCGGUUGUUGUCGAGAACAAUUGUGAUGGCACUGCAGCCAGCAGUGGCACCACAACUGCUAACAAUGGCAACGGCAAUGUGCACAGCAAUAACGAUCAGCUGAACAAUAACAGCUCUAACGGUGCCAAUAGUGGCAAUGUUAAUGGCGCCGCUGCCGCUAUGGUCGUAGAACAGAUUGCGCUAAGCAAAUCUGAUUCGGCCGAUAUAAUGCGUAUCAUAUCGGAGCGCAGACGCAUGGAUCAGCGGGACAAUAGCGGUAACGAGGACUCGGACUACAAAGAGUUGUUGUUGGUGAAAUCACCGCACUCCUCCACCGAUGGCUGAAAGGAAUUAAACACUAACUAUAAGUUACGAAGUAGCAUACAACAAACUAUGUAACUAUAUUAUAUUAAGUGUAGCGUAUGUAUGUAUAUGUAAAUGGAAUUAUAGAAAAUAUGUAUGUCUAGAGCCGAUAGAGUAAGUAAGUUAGAUAAACUAAAAGCGUGAGAUAGAAAAUUCAAAGUCUUUUUAGUGGUUGUUUUUACUUCAUCAUCUCAGAAGUCACUUAGAGUUUGUAUGGCUGAUGUAUCUCUGCUUGCGCCCAAUUUUUCCGAAAUCUCUUUCAUGUAGAAUCUUACUAAAAACCUUCAAUUUUUUUUGUUCUAUCCGUGCCUAGUAUCAUGGAUUUGAAUGAGAGAUUUUGAUUUGAGCACCCGAGCGGUGCGAUCGAUCGUCUAGCCUUUUUCGGCGAGAAACUUUUACCUGCCUGAGCUCUCUACACAAGCUUGGCUGUUUGCAGCUCUGAGUUUACCCAUUCUUUGGUUUGUCUAUAUGUACUUGUAACUUCAACGAAGGCCAACUAAGGCCACAAGACGGCUUUUGUAUUCCGCCGUAAAGCUUGAUUUUUUACCCAUACACUAAUAAAUACAACUCUGUAGAUAUGUAUGUUCAUAGGCAUGUGGCAAAACUAUUAGGGAAUUUUUCAAACUAUCCAACAAACCAAAUGAAAUUUCAACCACAAAACCAAUUGAACUCCAUACAGACAUAUGUAUGUAUGUAUGUACAUGCAUUCAUUUCAAUAUAAAAUUCUUCUAUAAAAAACAUACAUUUCACACAAUCAAAAGAAAAAUCACACAAUAGUAUUAAAAGAAAUGUUCAAACUGCGUAUGCAUUGUUAGGUAGUGCAGUUACAUAUAUUUGUAUUAAAUUUUCAAACAAAAACUUUUAUAUAGCGAAUGUGAAAUUGCAUCUCUGAAAAUGCAACACUGUUAAAAAGUUUGUCUAUAAAAAUCAUCAACUCUGUGAUUAGCUGUAAAAUAAAUAAACUGAUUUAAAGUCAUAGGUCAAGGAAGUUAAGUAACUUUGUAUUUGAAGUCGUAGUUACGAAAUGAUUAUAUUUUAUUACAGUUAUACAUAGCAUAAUUACUGUAAUAAGCGAGUUUUAAGUAAACAUAACAAGUUGAAAAAAAACAAAGAAGAAAACGUUUAAAUGUAUUGCCGAUAGUAAAUAAAAUAAGCAAAUCUAUAAAAUUUAAGCGCAAAAUCUUCCUAACCGCAACUGAGCGCGCAGAUUGUGCGAAAAAAAUAUAUAUAUAAUCAAAUUGUAUAUAAAUUCUAGUUUAGCUAGUAUAAAAAAA